AAAGAAACUUGAAUCGUCAUUGGCUUAGAGUCCUAGUUGGAGGAUUCAAUCAUUUUGAAUAUCGUAUCUUCGUCUUGCUCGAUGUGUAUUUCAGUAUCUUAGGCUCUCCCGCUGUCGUUCGAAAAACAGUCAUUUAUAUAGUUAGGGGUACCAAUCUAACCAACAAACCGAAUUCAAGAACGCCUCGACUAGUUCUAUCCGUUACCUAGCUGAUAAGAGGAUAAUGACUGGAUAUGAUAUUAGAUUUCAUUCCACCACGGCCCUGUAAUUGGAUGUGAAGGAUAGAGCUUGGCUUGCAGCACGGUCGAUCUUGGUACGCAAACGAGUUGUAAAUGGAUCCGUCAUACUUUGACUACGUAAAAUAUUUAUCUCGGGACCGACCAGAUCUAAGACCAUUAUCCGGGUUUCUUACAGGUCCUUGCCAACAGCCAGAUGUCGAGGAAGUCGAAUGCCAUGUCGCGAGCCUGGAGUUUCGUAACGAUGGAACCACACGCUACUCCAGGAUAGGCACCGACGAGCUGAACGAUACAGCAUCAAGAUUCAUCGCAAAAGAUACGUCCUCAAGUUGCGUCGGACUUUGUCUUCUUGUAGAGGACAUCGGUCCUAGUGUUAUGGAGACACUGGGUGGAAUUCUGGAUGUCGACCCUUAUUUCUUCUGUGGGCAUAUUGAGAGGAGAUUCGUAGACAUUGAGAAAGACCCGCCAUCAUCUCUCAUGACGUCUAUUCCGUCUCGUAUCGGCUCUCAGAACUUCGCGAACUUUCACUACCAACGACCAAUCGAUUUAGGAGAACUGGAUGCGUACCCUAGUAUCCCACACGAUCUCCGUCUUCGCGGCAGUUCUACGCGACCUCGCCGGGCUCUCCCAGAGCUCUUUGGAAGAUAUGUUGGACUUAUUCGCUCAUGCUUUUCUAUAUUAUAUAAGAAACUUGACGGUGAUCGAUGGGUUUGUCUAAUGUUGAUGGACUCUAUAUCAACUGAUGUUAUAGGCUGUCUCUCGACGAAGGAUAACGCGCAAGAAGCCAGCUUCAGAACACGCCAAGUCCCGUAUCGGAAUAGGAGAGGCAGCAUCAGCGGGAUGCCAAAAUUCUCAGAAUUCCGCAAAACGCCAGGUUUCAGGGAUGUGCGGCCUAUUUCUAUGAUGGACGAAGUCGCAAGGUUAUUAGAGGAUUGCGCAAGCGCGUCGACGAGGUCACCGUCAACUUACAACCUGUUCUUCUUAUCAACAGGUCCCAUUAAACUAAUUAUCGACGAGUGGCUGACAUAUUCGCUCAUUAUGAGCCGGUAUAUUAAAGUGUAUGAAUAUUCGACACAGAGCGUGCAAGAUCGCCUAAGCAAUUUCGAAAGCGAGGACGUUGUUGAUUUGUAUCGGUGGCGGCGAAGGAGCCAGCACAGCUUACACAAGCUUCAGGUUUUAAAGUGGUUCGUUGAAUCAUCGCUGAACCCUUCUAAGAGGCAUCAUGACAAUUCCCUUCCUGUCGAAGACGGGGAUGCUCUAACACGGGAUAUCGACUACAUCAUAGCCCAAAUCGAGCAGAAUGGGAAUGCGCUUGAAGCGAUGAUACCUAUCAUGGCGUCUAUCAUUCAACUUCUGGACUCGCGUAGAUCAGUUGUUGAAGCGAUAUAUGUCAAACGAUUAACAUACAUCGCGAUCGUAUUCCUUCCGCUUUCAUUCGUCGCAACUCUCUUCAGCAUGAGUGAUAGUUUCUCGAUCGCUGGUACUGGAGUCUGGAUAUAUGUGGCAACUGCUGUGCCUCUUUUAUUGCUGGUAUUGGUAGUCUCCGGCUUGCCUACUCAGGCGGCUUUGCGAAAGGCGAAAUCACUUUGGCGGGGCGGUGCGAGGUUUACUAGAUCAUAUUAAAAUCAGGUCGUAUUUAACCAUUAUAAUAUAAUUGUUCUAUAUAUUAGGUAGUUUAUACACCAUAAUUUGAUGAA